UUGCGCACACUCAAUUCGCUGUAUCGAGUCGGUAUGACAGAUUUCCUAACCAAAAAAGUGAUCAAUUUUAACGCUAAAUACCUCGGUUCGCGAGGUAGACCGCCGCGUUUUUCUGCCAGAUUCUUUUAUUUUAAGUGAAACCGCAUCGAUUGAACUCAAUUUUAUCAAAAUCGGAGGUGAAGGCCGUAUUCUAAAUAAUUACCGAUUUCUUUUCUCUUUCUAACGGACCGUAGCAAGAGGAUGAGUUGCCUAUCUUCAUAAAGUCUAUGAUCUGUGAGAGGAUCAUCCUCCCCCCUCCCUCGAGGGGCGCGUGAACGUACCGUAAAGAUGUGCCGCGAGUGAAUUCUGAGUCACCCAGCGCAGGCAGGUUAUUCAGCCGGAGUGAAAUCUAUAGGUAAACAUGCAGCCGCGGCAUUACCGUCGUGAGUGACCGUCGUGAUUACGCCCGAUUAUAAUGGCAGAGAACUUGUCGAAACGGCCUUCCAAAGGAAUCCUCAAGACGUCCAGCAGUUUUGACAAUCCGGAGGCGCCUAGACCGAGUAAGGAAACAACAUGGGACGAGAUGAAUAUUAUCGCCACCCUUCAUCCCGCUGACAAAGACUAUGGUCACAUGAAGAUUGAAGAACCAAAAACCCCAUACAAUUUUGAAGGCCUUCAGAACGAACAUGAGUUUGAUCAAUUAGAUGCUAGCGCUCUUGCAGCAAAAUUAGCUGGAGGUAGCAAGCCCAAAAUUUUCCAUACUGAAGAAUCCAGUGAAGAAGAGGAAGAUGAAGAAACUCCAGAAGAAAAAGAAAGGAGAAGAGCCUUUGAGGCGAAAAGAAAAGGCCAUUAUCGAGAAUGGCAUGCCGUGCAAAUGGCAAGACGACUCUUAGAGCAGGAUGAAUUAGAGGAGGAGGACGAAGACGGUGAGAGUAAAAAUAAUGAGGAAAAUUCGUCGGAGGAAGAAAGCAAUUUUGACACUCGUUUCAAAUGCAUGCCGUCCUGUGAUAGAACUGAAAAGAAAUAAACAAGAAACAUCGAUUAGUUUUCUUAGAAUUUUCUUUUCAAAUCGUCCAUCGCAGUCAUAAUUCCGCAGCAAUGUCGACUUUAAUGUUUUAUCGCGACUAAAAGCAUAUCACACAGCA